AUGGUGCAGCAGGCCGAGAGCUUGGAAGCGGAGAGCAACCUGCCCCGGGAGGCGCUGGACACGGAGGAGGGCGAAUUCAUGGCUUGCAGCCCGGUGGCCCUGGACGAGAGCGACCCGGACUGGUGCAAGACGGCGUCGGGCCACAUCAAGCGGCCGAUGAACGCCUUCAUGGUGUGGUCCAAGAUCGAGCGCAGGAAGAUCAUGGAGCAGUCCCCGGACAUGCACAACGCCGAGAUCUCCAAGCGGCUGGGCAAGCGGUGGAAAAUGCUGAAGGACAGCGAGAAGAUCCCGUUCAUCCGGGAGGCCGAGCGGCUGCGGCUCAAGCACAUGGCCGACUACCCCGACUACAAGUACCGGCCCCGGAAAAAGCCCAAGAUGGACCCCUCGGCCAAGCCCAGCGCCGGCCAGAGCCCCGAGAAGAGCGCGGCGGGCGGCGGCGGCGGCGGCGGGGGCGCGGGCGGCGGGGGCGCGGGCGGCGGCGCCAAGACCUCCAAGGGCUCGAGCAAGAAGUGCGGCAAGCUCAAGGCCCCCGCGGCCCCGGCGGCCGGCGGCGCCAAGGCGGGCGCGGGCAAGGCGGCGCAGCCCGGGGACUGCGGCGGCGCGGGCGACGACUACGUGCUCGGCAGCCUGCGCGUGAGCGGCGCGGGCGGCGGCGGCGGCGCGGGCAAGACGGUCAGGUGCGUGUUCCUGGACGAGGACGACGAGGACGACGAGGACGACGACGAGCUGCAGCUGCGGAUCAAGCAGGAGGCGGACGAGGAGGACGAGGAGCCGCCGCACCCGCAGCUCCUGCAGCCGCCCGGGCAGCAGCCGCCGCCGCUGCUGAGACGCUACAACGUCGCCAAAGUGCCCGCCAGCCCCACGCUGAGCAGCGCGGCCGAGUCCCCCGAGGGCGCGAGCCUCUACGACGAGGUGCGGGCCGGCGCCACCUCGGGCGCCGGGGGCGGCAGCCGCCUCUACUACAGCUUCAAGAACAUCACCAAGCAGCACCCGCCGCCGCUGGCGCAGCCCGCGCUGUCGCCCGCGUCCGCGCGCUCCGUCUCCACCUCCUCGUCCUCCUCGUCCUCCUCGUCCGGCGGCGGCGGCGGCGGCAGCAGCAGCAGCAGCGGCGGCGAGGACGCCGACGACCUGAUGUUCGACCUGAGCUUGAAUUUCUCCCAAAGCGCGCACAGCGCCGGCGAGCAGCAGCUGGGGGGCGGCGCGGCGGCCGGGAACCUGUCCCUGUCGCUGGUGGAUAAGGAUUUGGAUUCGUUCAGCGAGGGCAGCCUGGGCUCCCACUUCGAGUUCCCCGACUACUGCACGCCCGAGCUGAGCGAGAUGAUCGCGGGGGACUGGCUGGAGGCGAACUUCUCCGACCUGGUGUUCACGUAUUGAGGGGGGCGCCCGGCUUCUCGCUCUUGCUCUCGGCGGGGUGCAGAGCAGGGUUCCUUGGGGGGAGGUCGAGGUGGUCGUGAUGGAGGAGGAGGAGGUGGUGGUGGU